CCGGGCCCCGGGGGCGGGCGGCGGGCGGGCGGCGGCGGCGCGGGCCCCGUGGUGGUGGUGCGACAGCGACAGGCGGCCAACGCGCGGGAGCGGGACCGCACGCAGAGCGUGAACACGGCCUUCACGGCGCUGCGCACGCUCAUCCCCACCGAGCCGGUGGACCGCAAGCUGUCCAAGAUCGAGACGCUACGGCUGGCGUCCAGCUACAUCGCGCACCUGGCCAACGUGCUGCUGCUGGGCGACGCGGCCGACGACGGGCAGCCGUGCUUCCGUGCGGCCGGCAGUGCCAAGAGCGCGGUCCCCGCCGCCCCCGACGGCGGCCGGCAGCCGCGCUCCAUCUGCACCUUCUGCCUCAGCAACCAGCGCAAAGGGGGUGGCCGUCGUGACCUGGCGGGCAGCUGCUUGAAGGUGAGGGGGGUGGCCCCCCUCCGAGUGCCACGGAGAUGAGCCUAGACCCCUGUGGCAUUUGUUCCAAGCAGGACCCUGGAGAAGGAAGCCACAGGCCAGCCCCUGGUUAAAAGGGGAGAAGACCCCAGGAGCCCAACCCAAACCUCUUUCACGUUGGGAUCAGGGGACAAUGGUCUGGGCCCAUGAUCCUGCGGGCAAGCUCCCUGGGACAUCGCCACCACACCCCAGAGAGCUAUGAAGACCCAGACAGCCAGCCCCAGCCCUGGCGGGUCAGAGACAAGGCUGAACUUUUGGAAAAACAAAGACUGUUGGUGACAGAGGACGCGUGCAUAUCUGUGAAUGAAUGUCAGUCAGGGUGUGUGUGUGUGUGUGUGUGUGUGUGUGAGAGAGAGAGAGAAUUGGUGGGUUUAAAAUAAAAAAG